AAGCUUUGUGAAGCCCGGUGCAGAUCGCCUCCUGGCUCCCUUGACACUCCCUGGACCGUCCCUCCCUCAAGGACUCACACUUCGACACUCCUCACCUACCCAGAUCUCAUUCAAGAUGGGCGGCUUCAUUGAGCAAGCCAACCUCGCUGUUGCGCGCUCCGCUGUGGGCAAGUACUUCCGCCUCGAAGGCUCUGGUCAUCCCAAGGAACGCAAGGAUGCCCGCUUCUUCACUGAGUUCCGUGCUGGUCUCGCUACCUUCUUCGCCAUGGCCUACAUUAUCUCUGUAAAUUCUACCAUUUUGGCUGAUACCGGCGGUACCUGCGUAUGCCCGCCUGAUGAUUUUGCGCUCGAUUUGUGCGUUUCCAACCAGGAGUACAUGCUCUGCAAAGCGGUCGUCAAGCGUGAUCUUGUCACUGCCACCGCUGCCAUCUCAGCCUUGACUUCCUUUUGCAUGGGUCUUUUCGCCAACAUGCCCAUUGCCCUUGCUCCUGGCAUGGGUCUGAACGCGUACUUCGCCUACACAGUCGUUGGCUUCCACGGUUCUGGUAUGGUCCCAUUCCAGGUCGCCCUGACUGCUGUCUUCGUCGAAGGCUUCGUCUUUGUGGGCCUCACCGCCUUGGGCAUCCGUCAAUGGCUUGCAAGAGCUAUCCCGGCUAGCAUCAAACUCGCGACAGGUGUCGGAAUCGGACUUUACCUCACGAUCAUUGGACUUACGUACUCCGCCGGUAUUGGUCUCAUCACAGGUGCCGUAUCGACUCCUCUGGAACUUGCAGGAUGCGAGGACAUCUUCAAGGGCGAAGAUGGCGUCUGCCCCGGUGGCCAUAAGAUGCGCAACCCGACCAUGUGGAUCGGCAUCUUCUGUGGUGGUGUUCUGACCGUCAUGCUCAUGUUGUACCGUGUCAAGGGCGCCAUUAUCUUCGGUAUCUUGCUCGUUUCGAUCAUUUCCUGGCCGCGCUCUACCGACGUUACUUAUUUCCCGCACACCGCACUCGGCAACGACUCGUUCGACUUUUUCAAGAAGGUCGUCACCUUCCACCCGAUCCAGAAGAUUCUCGUCGUCCAGGAAUGGAACGUCUCGCAAUAUUCUGGCCAGUUUGGUCUCGCCUUCAUCACCUUCCUCUACGUCGAUAUCCUCGACUGCACAGGUACUAUGUAUUCAAUGGCCCGCUACUGUGGUGCCAUCGACGAGCGUACCCAGGAUUUCGAGAACUCUUCGAUUGCCUAUACCAUUGAUGCUAUGGGUGUUACAAUCGGUUCGUUGUUCGGAUGCUCCCCGGUCACUGCUUACAUUGAGUCUGGUGCUGGUAUCUCUGAAGGUGGCAAGACUGGUCUCACCGCGAUGUUCACAGGCCUCUCCUUCUUUAUCGCCAUCUUUUUCGCGCCUAUCUUCGCGUCUAUCCCCCCAUGGGCUACUGGAUGUACGCUCGUCAUUGUCGGUUCCCUCAUGGCGCAGUCGUCCAAGGAUAUCAACUGGAAGUACAUGGGCGACGCCAUCCCCGCGUUCCUUACCAUCGCCAUCAUGCCCUUCACAUACUCGAUUGCCUACGGUCUUAUUGCGGGUAUCUGUUCGUACAUCCUGAUCAACACCCUUGUCUUCAUCAUCGAGAAGGCCUCAGGUGGUCGCAUUGUUCCUCCUAACAAGGAUGAGAAGGAGCACUGGACAUAUCGCAUUCCUGGUGGCUUCCUGCCUCCGUGGGUGCAGCGCAUUGCGGCUGGAAAGAAGGACUUUUGGAAGCGCGAUCCCGAGUCCGACGGCGUUGCUGCCGGCCCGGCGAGCGAGAACAGCUCGACACACAACUCGGCUGAGAAACACUACAUCCAAGACAAGCAGGCUGCUGGAGAGAAGAUCAUGUAAGCCACUCGUUAGAUAGAUAGAUUGAUUUGUUCGGUAAAAGUUGCAAGCGGCGCAUUCGGCAGCUACGGCGCCAGAUGCUGUUGUUUCGAUAGCAUUGCAUUCGGAAAUGCUAAAUGCUCGGAGCCAAAGUAGAUACCCUCACUUAAUUUUAAGUUUACACGCGAUCAGCAUCAC